AUGUCUACCAAACCUUAUGCCCUGAGAGAGUCCUACGGGAUGUACCUCCAGUACACUGGCCGUUGGGGCAUGUACUGGUACAACGAGAUCCCCCUUUUCUACCUUCCUCCGCUGAACAUCACUGAGGAUGGAGAGGUGAAGAUUGUGCCUGGCGAAAUCUAUUGCCGCUGGAGAGACGCACACGAUGAAAUCUGCGUACGUGUGACUUCUGCUCUUCAGUCAGACACCAAGUGUACCGGAAGACAUGCUGACCAGAAACACCAGGAACUCGAGUUCACAGAUAAGAGAGAUCUCAGGGCUCACUACAGAGAUGCUCACAACCUGCGAUGUGAACGCCCUGGCUCUGCGUCUCUUACGAGACGAGACAACAUGCAUGUUGCGCAAUGGUAUUACGACACCGUACGCAACAGAAUGCCCAAGUGGCCUCUGAUCGGCGCACCGAGGGUGGCUCAGCCCGCCAGUAGUACCAGACCUCGAUCCAUGAGCUUGCCCGUUCGCCACACGGAACUUGGCUACCUGAUUCUGUCUGGCGAUGACUGUCGGCAGGGUUAG